AUGGCUGUGCGUGCUCAAUUCGAGAACUCGAAUGAAGUCGGUGUCUUUUCAACUCUCACGAACGCUUACGCCCUUGUUGCCAUCGGAGCCAGCGAGAACUUCUACAGUGUUUUCGAAGCAGAGUUGCAAGAUGUCGUACCAAUAUGUCGUACUACGAUUGCAGGCACAAGGAUAAUUGGGAGAUUGACCGCAGGCAAUCGAAAGGGUCUCCUAGUACCGACAUCUACCACAGACCAAGAGCUGCAACAUCUUCGAAAUUCAAUACCGGACGAGGUCAAGAUACAGCGGAUCGAAGAGAGACUGUCUGCAUUAGGCAACGUGAUAUGCGCGAAUGAUCACGUGGCUUUGGUGCAUCCUGAUAUUGAGCGGGAAACCGAGGAGAUCAUUGCAGAUGUUCUGGGUGUCGAAGUUUUUCGCCAAACGAUCGCGGACAAUGUUCUUGUUGGGUCGUACAUGGCCCUCUCGAACCAAGGCGGGAUAGUACAUCCCAAAACCUCGAUACAAGAUCAAGAUGAGCUGUCCAGCUUGCUCCAGGUACCUUUGGUGGCAGGUAGUGUGAAUCGAGGAUCAUCCGUCGUAGGUGCAGGAAUGGUGGUGAAUGACUGGAUGGCGGUGACAGGGUUGGAUACGACUGCUACCGAGCUCAGUGUCGUGGAGAGCGUGUUCCGCUUGGGUGAGGGAAUGGGUCCCAGCUCGAUCAAUACGACCAAUAAGGAUACCAUGGUGGAAUCGUUCUAUUGA